UUUUCAGGGCUUGAAAAUCGUCUUAAAAAACAUUUAUAUGGUCAGCACUUAGUGGCUCAAAUUGUGCCACAGUCUCUGAAAGCUCAUGUUGCAAAAGCAAAACCUAACAAGGCUUUGGUGAUGUCUUUUCACGGUUGGACUGGCAGUGGUAAAAACCAUGUGAGCAAGAUGAUUAUUGAGAGCCUUUACUUGAAAGGAUUUAAAAGUAAUUUUGUACAUUGGUAUAUAGCUAGUUACGACUUUCCUCAUGCAGCGGAAAUAAAAGCAUACCGUGAGAGACUGCAGAUGGAAAUAAUAAAAUUCACGAAAGAGUGUGGACAGUCAUUAUUUAUUUUUGAUGAAAUGGAUAAAAUGGUGCCUGGGGUUAUAGAUGUUUUGAAGCCAUUUAUUAAUUUUUAUGAAGAUGUUGGAGGAAUUGACUUUCGGAAAAAUAUCUUCAUUUUCUUAAGUAAUGCAGGUGGUAGUGAAAUUACAAGAACUGCAUUUAAUUUUUGGCUUGAUGGUAAAGACAGGGAAGAUAUCACCCUGAGGGAUAUUGAACCAUUAAUUAACAAAGGAGCAUUUAAUGAAAAUGGGGGAUUGCAGCAUAGUGAAAUCGUUGAAAAAAACCUUAUUGAUGUAUAUGUUCCCUUUCUACCUCUAGAAAAGAAACACGUGAAGCAGUGUAUUGUUGAAGAACUUAAAAUGCGACAACUGACCGUCAAUGAAAGUAUUGUGAAUCAGAUUGCAGAUCAGAUUGUUUAUCAACCACAAGAAUUUGAAUUGUUUGCUAUUUCUGGUUGUAAAAAGAUUUCGCAUAAAGUUGAUCUAUAUGGAAUUUAAAUAUGUUUUAUAUAAUCAUUGUAUAGUUAUUUUUCUAAAAUAUGUACAGAUGUAAAGAUAAAUAUUUUUAAGUUAGUUAAUAAAUAAUUGGUAAAAUUA